UUUAGAUCCGGUGCCGCUGGAUGCAGAGGUCUACAUUGUUCUGGAAGGAUCCACACUGGUCCAUGUCGCCAGAGCUCAGAGUGACGUCAUGCUCUGCUUUAUAGUGCCUGGACACAACCUGGCUGAGAUGGUCUCUGUCCAGGCGUACCUGAGCUCUGAAACCACGCCCCUCACCUGGGUGGGCGGAGCUUCACUGGAGUACAUCCAAGAUGAUGCUCAGGACCUUGCGGAGCACCUGGUAAUCCACGCACAUUGUCUGAGUUCCUCAGAUCACAAGGAGCUGAGAAGCCUCUUCAACGUGGGCCAGGAGAGCUCUCGCUGGGCCAUGGAUCGCCGCGUGGCCCUGGCCAUGGCCAACCUGGAUAUCCCGCAGAACUGGAAUGUACUGGGGAGCCACAGUAGAGACGAGCACAGUCCCAGGGAGUCUCCCCUCCACCUGGCCGUACGCUGGGGUCUCUGCAGGCUUGCGGAGCUGUUGCUCUGCCAGCCGGGGGGUUUGAUGGCUGUCAGUCUGCCAAACGAAGAGGGAGUCACGCCGCUGCAGCUGGCACAGACGGCGGGCAACCUCGACCUCCUGGAGCUGCUCACACACCCACCCAACCCCCUGGCCACGCCGCCCGCAGGUCUGUCCCAGGUGUGGGCAGACCGCUCCCGCUUGCUGCGGUUCUGCCACGACACUGGGAACCUGACUCUGACCGUCCGACAGAACCUGAGGUGGAGCACAGAGGAGAGUCGCCACGCUGACAUCCUGCUGCUCAGAGAGCGGCUCAGAGACCAGGACUUCCUCAGGGAGAUAAAAGCUCUAAGGAGGGAACGGGUGGAGACCAUCUUAGGGAAGGAAGAACUGGUGGAUGAUCCUUCAGAGAACGCGCUGUAUCCAGAUCUCAACCAAGGAAACUUUGCUGUUGAAGAAAAUGACUAUGAGGAUUCGCUCAUGUUUUGCCUGAACGAGGAGGACGGAGAGGACGACCCAUCCCCAUCUGAUUCUGAGAAAAGCCAGUCCAUAAGGGAGAGCCAGGCCUCCUCUCCGACUCUGGCCGCAGCUGCCCGACUGUCGGCGAUGAUACACGGCAAAGACCGAGUCUACGCCAACACCAUGCUGGUCGACCAGGUGGAAGACGCUGACAUCAGAUACCGCUCUCCAGGGGAGGAGGAGGUGAGCCCUGCGGCCCGUGUUGGCAGCCAGUGCUGGGAGUCCUUCUCCACGACGCCCCCUGACUCUGGGAACUGGUCCCAGAGCCGGCACACAUCCUCACCCCACAAUGAGCAGAGGGGAAUCCAAGGCCCCAGCCUGGAGAAUCACAGGGAGCCAUCCCCGCGCACCUCUCCCCUCUCUCCCUCUGCUGCCUCCCCGUCUUUUCCUUCCUCCCCACUGGCUUCCGCUUUCCGUUUGUUCGAAGGAGCACAGAGGCGUCACAGACAGUCGUGCCUGCCAGCGUCUCCUGCUCUGAAUCGCAGGGUAUGCAGCCUGACUGAGCCAAGCCGGGGCCUGAGUCCCAGUCUUGAGUGCGACAGUGGGGAAGAGGACAUACUGGGACAUUCCUACCCCUGCUCAUCUUUAAAGAAGCAGUCCUUCCUGCGAUCCAGCUCCGGAGAGGAGAGGGACUCUUUCGACACAUCGCCAGACUUUAACCACCACACGCACUCCAACAGCACACAGACGUCCACCAAGAACCCGGAGGAAGCCGAGGUUCGCCUGCGCUCCUACUCCUACUCCUCCCCCAAAGCAAAGCCGUCAUGGCCGCUGCUAAACCGAGACGCAGCCAUCGGCGACCUGGCAGAAGAGCACAGAGCGUUCAGCCUGACGGAGACGCCCAGAGAGAAGAGGGUUUUGGGUUUCCGUAAGCGGGCCCAGUCAGCAGAGGAGGAGAGCAGCGCAUCAGUCCAACACCUCACCCUCACAGAGUUCCUCAAAGAGAUCGAGGACGAGGAGUGGGAUAAAUACAUAAUCCCAUCGAAGACCGAGUCGGAGAAGUACAAAGUCAGCCGGACCUUCAGCUUCCUGAAGAGCAGGAUGUCCAGCACCCGCAACAAGACCAAGGUGAAGGGUAAAGAGGUGAAGGAGGGGAAGGAGAAGUCAGGAGCCGCCAACGGCCACCAGUUUGUUCCCGUGUCUCCAUCUGGUCCCGCUCUCUGUGUGGCCUGCGAUAAGUCCGUUUCUGGGAAGGAGCUGCUGCAGUGCUCCAACUGUUUCCUGAACGUCCAUAAAAACUGCAGAGAGUCCGCUGCAGCCUGUGGGAAGAAGCUGCAGGAAAGGAAUGCAUCGCUGGUGAAAAGCAAAACCUCGUCUCUCCCACAGAACUCUGUGAAAGACAACUCUCCAGCCUCCAUUUUCUCAUCUGCCUCCUCCUCUUCCUCGUCACUGCCAGCGAUGACCAGAGAGAAAAGGGAAACAGUUGCCCCUCUCACCAAAAGCCUCUCCCUCUCUAUAGACAGCAGACGGCUGAGUGACUCAGCAGCGGUGGACGGAGAGUUCAGUGUGACAGCGUGCGCCAACAGUUCACUGUCUGAUGAUGGAACACCGGUCACAGCCACUCCCCCAUCCACCGACCCGCCAAUCAUCGCACAGGAUGCUGUCGAUGCUCCUCUAUUGAGCGACUUCUCAGCUGAUUUGCUCGGACUUGAUGUCGAGUCGUGGAGUCUGGCAGUUUGUCCGGAGUUCUGUCGACUACACGAAAGGUACACGGUCAAACGACAGGAUGUUAUUUAUGAGCUAAUGCAGACGGAGCUGCACCACAUCCAAACCCUGACGGUCAUGUCCGAGGUGUUCAGGAGAGGGAUGGUAGAGGAGCUGCAGCUCGACUGGGAAUGCGUGGCCCGAAUCUUCCCGUGCUUGGAUCCCUUACUGCUCUUCCACAAGAACCUCUUCGGAGCGCUGCAGGAACGCCGACAGGCCGCAACCCAACCCGAGAACCACCGGAACUAUCUCAUCCAUCAGAUUGGAGACAUCCUGCUUCAGCAGUUCUCAGAUGAAAAUGCUGAGAAGAUGAAGCAGGUGUACGGGGAGUUCUGCAGUCACCACACUGAGGCUGUCAAUGUCUUCAAAGAGCUGCAGCAGCAGAACAAGAAGCUCCAGAACUUUGUCAGACAACAGAGCAACAACUCUCUGGUCCGACGGAGAGAGGUGCCUGAAUUCAUCCUGCUGGUCACUCAGCGCAUCACCAAGUAUCCAGUGCUGCUGGAGAGGAUAUUACAUUACACUCAGGAGGGAAGUCAGGAACACGCUGACCUGUCGCGUGCCCUGGUUCAGAUUCGUGACGUCAUCGCCGCCGUGGACCUGACUGUGAAUACGUACGAGAGGUGGCAGGAGCUGCAGGAAGUUCUGGCCCGGCUGGAGAACAAGAGCUUUGCCAAGCUGAAGAACGACAAAGUGUUUCGCAAACAGGACCUGCUCAACAAACACAGGGUUCUGCAGCACAAAGGGCUGGUCUUCUGGAAGACUGCCACAGGACGUCUGAAAGACACUCUGGCACUCCUUCUCACAGACGUCGUGGUUUUCCUACAAGAGAAAGACCAGCGCUUCAUAUUUGCUGCUGUUGACCAGAAGCCUCCAGUGAUUCCUCUGCAGAAGCUCAUCGUCAGAGAAGUGGCCAACGAGGAGAGAGGGAUGUUCCUUAUCUCCGCCUCCGCGGUGGGACCAGAGAUGUAUGAAGUUCACACCACCACCAGAGAGGAGAGGAAUGCGUGGAUGAAACACAUUCGACAAGCUGUAGAGAGGUGUCCUGAGGAAGAGGAGGAGGAGGAUCGAAGUGCUGAGUCAGAGGAGGUGAGGCGAGCUGCAGAGGCGAAGGUCCAGAAGAUCACCAAGUUCCAAGAGACUCUGUUGGUUCAGGAUCAGCGGAUCUGCACCAGCCUGGAGGAGAAGCUGCAUCUGUACGCUGAGCUCACCGAGUUAACCCUCCACUCACCAGAACCUGUGCCACAUCGCCACCUGCUGGUUCAACCAGACACAGACAGUGAGACGCUGCGGGAGGCGUCCUCGCUGCUCACAGCUGCACUCAGAGAAGCAGAGAACCUGGUCAACAUUCUCCAGGCUCGUGACGGCGUCUCUGUCCGAACUCAGAGCUCUCCUGUCCGAGGACCCGAGUGCUGCAGCUACAACAGUCACGGCAGCAGCAUCCAGGAGUCUCCCUCUGAACCCGAUUAUCUCAGCACGCUCAGCAUGAGCUCCACGUCUCUUGGAUCGGACACAGAGCUGACGGGGCUGGACGGUGUGUUGUGGAGCUCUGCCCUCGAGCUGAGGAGAGGAGACAACAAAGGGACCAUGUUAAAGGUGGCAGAGAGCGUGCAGAGCCUGACUCAGCUCCUCUACAGUCUGCAGGCUGCUGUGACGCUCCAGGACAGCUGCUAUGAAGUCCAGAAAGUCCUCCUCCAGGAGGGAGAGAGACCUCAGCUCCGAACCCUCUCCUCUCUCCAAAACAGUCUGGAGCAGGAGAAGCAGAGGAGCCUCGACAAGAAGAAAGAGGAAGUGGAAAAGAAGGGAUUAGAGAGGAAGAAAGAGGAGGUGGAUGAGGUGCAGAAGCUCCACAUGAGGCUGAAACAGGAGCAGCAGCGAUGGGACAAAGAGUGUCUGGUCAGAGAGAAACAGCAGAGUGAGCAGGAGAGCGUCCUGGAGCAGCGAGAGCAGCAGUGCCUCCUGGAGGCUGAGCGUCUCCGCUGCGAGCGUGAGGAGCUGGAGGCGCAGCUGCUGGAGUAUCAGCAGAACCUGGACAGACUGAGGGAGGGCCAGAGGAGUGUGGAGAGGGAGAAGGAACAGAUUGAGAACCAGCAGAAGCUUCUCCAGAGCUGUAAACACAGCCGCCAGAGCAGCUUGCCUGUAACAAUACCACUGGAUGGAUUCAAGGUGUCCAGCCACAGCCGAACAGGAAGUCUGGAUGGCAGCUCUUCGCUGUACGAGAACGAGGCGGCUCUGCUCGCCUCUCUCCAGCAGAAACACCCCCACCAGCCCGGGAACAACAACCAGUGUCUGCACUCCACGUCCAGGAAGAACCACGAUGGCCCCCCAAGCUCCGGCUACACCGCCAGCCUGGGCCUCAGCGCCAGCCUCUACAACAGCCUCAACGCCCUGCUGAGUCAGGCUCACAGCAAACAGCCUCCAGACAGCCUGACGUUCCCAAAGUGCAGUAACAGUCACAGCUGCCCCCUGAACGACUCCGUCCACCCGUUCAGCGGCAGGGUCACCGCGCAGCCGCAGAGGAGCAACAACAACUUCAGCCCACCGUUGGACAGGCGAUCCCUGGGUCCCUGGAGGUUUGAGGUCACAGGUCACGGACUUUGCGAGGACUACUCCUCCUCCUCCUCCCCCUCUCUUACCCCGCUCCUUCCCCCGCAGGCUUACCUCUCUCUAGAGGGACAGAACGGGGAGGAGGGAGGUGAGGAGAACAUUGUUUAUCUCUGAGAAACCAACCAAGCUUCCUGACGUAUAACUGGACCAACAGAAAUGUACUUGUUGCUUAUAUGUGUUUGUGAAUGUUUGCAUUUGCAUCCGUCUGAAUGUGACGAAUACAAAGUUCAUGUUUAAAAACCUGUAUAAUCACAUAAGGGAAUAGUUGCAAGGAGGGAGUAUAUGCCGAAAUACUGUGUGUGCCUUUAUCAGCGUAUAUCAGCCAUUAUUCCUUCUCUUCCUGCAGUGUGAUCCAGCCAUUGUGCCUUUUUGCAAAGAAGCUCUUUGUGAAUCAGCUCUUAUACUUUCACUCCCUGUGUUUUCACUUCUGCCACGAUUCGUUUUUUAAUAUCUGUCGACGCACCUUUGUGCUACAAACACUGGGACCUGAGGCGUUAGGACACGUGGAUAGAAGUUGUGCUGUGUUUUCCCGGGGGCACUUAAAAGAAAAUAUUUGAGAAGCUAAUUAUUAUUUGAGUCUAUUUAGAGAGUGCAAAUAUUUCUCCACAUCACCUUUUAAUAAUAUUUAUGAGGGAUUAUGAGCAUCUAAAAGUAAAUAAAUAUACUGACAUUAUUGUAUAAAAAUCUGAUAUAUGUAUAGUUUUAUGGAAAGGCUACCUAUGCACACUACUCUGGAAGAGGAACUUCAUUUUUCUCACACAAGUGCCAAAAAUCUUUAUCUAUCUGAUACUGUAAUUGAUUUCUGUAAAAAAAAACAAAAAAAACGGCUGUAUUUUUUUCUGUUAAUCUCCUUUUCUGAUUAUUUAUUGUUUGUAAAUUGCUUCAUGCACUGUCAACAGUAAUAAUAUGUGUGUUUGAUAUGUAUUCUAUUGUAAUCUCUGUAAUCACAACUGUGAUGUGCCAUAUUAAUGUGCUGUACAUAAAACUACUGUGGAAAUCA